AUGGACACAGAUAACCAAAAGAACUUGGAUCGGUUAGCCCGUGUGCGUGAAAAUCAGCGCAACAGCCGUGCGAGAAAGCAAGAGUAUAUUCGAGACCUCGAACAACGACUGGCAGGCUACAAAGAACAGACGCAGAAAAAAGAUAUAGAGCAUCGAUUGGCUAUCCAAAAAGUGGAAUCGGAGAAUCGAAACCUCAGAACCCUGCUAGGCUCAUUAGGAGUGUCUGCGGACCUGAUCCAGCAGUAUGUCAGUUUGGCCGGACAAGGAACUGUGAUGCAUCACAAAGUCGCAAUACCUCCAACCCCGUGCCCAAAGAAAGAAUUAGCUUCUAUGCCAAGUUGCAGUGAGGUCGACGCACGAGCAUCUUCACCCCCCAGUACUUCGGAGAUACUGCCAUCAAAGGAUCAAUCCUUAUCACAGCCGGAGCAAUCAACCCCGUCUCUAUGCUGCCCAGCCGGGCAAACAGCUUUAGAUCGAUGGUCAUCUGAAGAAGACGUACUGAACACAACACUUUGCGCCAUCGCAGAGGAUCUCAUCGUUCAGUACAACACACGAGGUACCGAUAUAGAAGAGCUUCGGCAGAGGCUCUGGUCUGGUUUUACAAAAGGACGACCGGGCGAUGGUUGCCGCGUUCAAAACAACAUCCUAUUUCAAGUACUAGAUGAGAUCAGCAAUGGUAUCUGA